AUGUACCCGCAUCCCAAACGCCGGCGCCUCACGGGUGACAUCCCAUACCCGACCGAGCUCGAUAACCGACCAGGGCUCUCCUCGCCGCCUGCCUUUGCGCCCGCGAUCAAUAGCGACUGGACUCACCCGCAGCGACAUGCACCUGCAUACACACCCUCGGACUCGACCGAUGGCCCUGCGUUCCCUUCUCCACUGGGUGCCGCUAGCUGGGGCCAUGACGGGUUCUCGCAUGAUCCGGGGUUCCUUGCGUCGCAGGAGGAGCUGCGGUGCAUGCUGUUUACAAUCGCGCAGUCUGCGGCACCGACGAGGGCGGCGAGUCCAGAUGGGGAUAGGCAGGACGAUGGGGAGAGUGUAGAGCGGCCAGCGAGGGAUCCCAUGCCAAUGCGAUCGGCAGUUUCAAGUCGGAGGCGGGUGGAGUAUCUGAAGAAUUACGUGGGACAAGUAGCUCCAUGGCUCGACAUGUUUGACUCUCAGUGCACGUUUCGCGUCCAACUUCCGGCUCUCGCUCGAACUUUUCCUGCACUACUCAAUGCAAUCCUCGCUAUAUCCGCUCGCCAGAUGGAGAGAAAGGAGGGUACACAAGACUCAUUUGACAGUAUCGAGCUCUACCAGGAAGCCAUUCGCUUGCUCAGUCCGCUGUUGCAAAUGCGCGAUCCUAAAGUAAUUGCAGCCUGCGUUUUGCUUUGCUGUCUUGAAAUGAUGUCGGCACGAGCGCAGGACUGGCGGCGCCACCUAGAAGGAUGCACGGCUCUCUUCGACGCUUUUGGAAUCCACGGCUUCAGCAGUGGGCUGCUGCAAGCUGUCUUCUGGUGCUACGUCCGCAUGGAUUUAUGCGGUGCACUUAUUUCAGAUGGGACCCAGAGCACCCUUCUUCGUCCCAGCAAGUGGCUUGCCCCUGACUGCCGCGAGGAAGAUGCAGCCCAGCUGUUCCAGGCGAAUCAAUCCCCGGACAUGCAUGCAAAUUACGCCGUCUACCUGUGCGCAAAGACCUGCGAACUGGUUGCUGAUCGUACACAAUUUCUCGAGCUAGGCGCACAGAAUGACUGCACUGGUGAUGUCUUUCAGAGGCGCUGGCUUCGGCUCUGGGACGAUUUGCAGCAGUGGGUCGAGAAUCGACCACCAGAGCUGCUGCCUGUCCAGACGACCCAGACCAAACCGUUUCCACACAUUCUGUUUCUGCACUGGGCUGCCAUAUCUUCAAACCAGCUCUAUCAUACUGCAUGUAUCCUCCUGCUAAACAUCAUGCCAAAGAGUAUCAAGUUACGGUCAGGCCCGAUUGUAUCAGCGCUAUGGCAUGCCCGGAGAAUUUGUGGCAUAUCUCUUACAAACCCUCAUCAGGGAUGCUUGAACAAUGCGAUCCAACCUCUCUGGAUUGCUGGUCGGCUUUUCAGUCAUGUUUCCGAACAUGCGAUUAUCAUUGACAUCAUUCGAAAGAUCGAGGCAGAGACAGGGUGGGGUGCCUGCUGGCGAAUUCGUGAUCUGGAACUCGCAUGGGGAUACCAAUUGACUCGCCGUAGUCGGAAAUCCGGUACACAGCACUCACCGGCAGCUGGAUGA